UCCAAGAAGUAGACGCCCGCGACCCGCUGUGAGGCCAGUACCCAGAGGCAGCCACCGCCUCCCCGAGUUCCUGUGGCUGCUGCGACGCGGAGUAUAGAGCGCUGAUGGCCAUGGACGGCUACAGGGGAUUUCUGGGGCUGCUGGUGUCGGCGCUGCUCGUCGGCUUCCUAUCCGUGAUCUUCGUCCUCGUCUGGGUCCUCCACUACCGGGGCGGACUCGCCUGGGACGGGAGCUUGCUCGAGUUUAACUGGCACCCUGUGCUCGUGGUCACCGGCUUCGUUUUCAUCCAGGGCAUCGCCAUCAUUGUAUACAGACUGCCAUGGACCUGGAAAUGCAGCAAGCUCCUGAUGAAAUCCAUCCAUGCAGGGUUAAAUACUGUUGCUGCCAUUCUUGCAAUUAUUUCUCUGGUGGCUGCUUUUGAUUUCCACAACACCUUGCAAAUCCGCAAUAUGUACAGUCUGCAUAGCUGGGUUGGACUAAUAGUCGUUAUACUCUACUUCUUACAGCUUGUCCUAGGUUUUCUCGUCUUUCUGCUUCCUUUUGCUCCACCGUCUCUCCGAGCAUUCCUCAUGCCCAUACAUGUUUAUUCCGGACUUUUCAUCUUUGGAACAGUGAUUGCAACAGUACUUACGGGAGUGACUGAGAAACUGAUAUUUUCCCUCUCUACCUACAGUACAUUACCACCGGAAGGUGUUUUCACGAAUACCCUCGGCCUUCUGGUUCUGGUGUUUGGAGCCCUCAUUUUUUGGAUAGUCACCAGGCCACAAUGGAAGCGUCCUCAGGAAACAAAUUCUAUCCUUCAGCCAAACAGAAGCAAUCCAGAGGGAGUGGAAGGCUCCAUGGCAAUAAACUUUGGCAACGUGGACAAAUCAGAUUCAGACUUAAACAAUGAAGCUGCCGCAAGGAAAAGAAACAUCACCGUUGAUGAAGCUGGUCAGAGAUCCACCAUGUAAAAUGCUGUAGAAGUGGAGCCGUGUAACUUCACUUUUAAAAACUAACUUUACGGUUUUAGCUUCUCCUAUUUAGCCAUGUAAGAUAAUUGAGCUCCACAGAGUCAAUAUUUGUUUUAAUCAUAAGGUGGAAUUUCUUGAAAGAGUUUAUACUGAUCGAGGCCUAUAAAUUUACCUGAUUUGGAAAGGAGAUGGUUGAUGUAAAUGAGAGCAACUAUAAAUUGUGAUUAUGUUACCUCUUGAUGAGCACCAAAGCAUUUAGCAUAGUGCCUUGCAUAGAACAAAUGUUCAAAAUGUGCUUAUUGGUUGGUAAAUUUGAUAAACUGGCAGCCCUGGAAGUUUUUCUAAAACUCAGCUUAAUCUCAAGGCUUCUCUGGAGUCUGGUGUACUUUAUGAUCCAAAUUCCAAACCUAAUUAGAAAGAGAAUACGCCCGAGUUGUUAAGCAGCAUAAACUGUUUUACAGACCUUGGAGAGCACUUUUUCUCAAGUUUCUGUUUUUACCGUUUAAAAGGUACUUGCAUUGCCCUUAGUAUGUGCCAGACACGAUUCUAAGCACUUUAUGAAUAUUAGCUAAUCCAAUCCCCAGACAAACCUUAGGAGGUAGGUAUUAUUAUUAUCUCCAGAUAAGAGCUGUGAAGUUUGCAGAGGUUAAUAACUUGCCCCAGCUCACAAGUGGGGGAACCGAGAUUCAAAACCUGGCAGUCUGGCUCCUCAGUCCAUAAUUCUAACCACUUCACUAUGCUUUUUUUUUUUUCUGCUUUACACUAAUUUGCACCACUUUGACCACCCCUGAAUAAAUUUCAGUUGCUGGAGUGCAGUAGAGUUGUUAAAGUUUACCUUCUGCCUCUCUUUCCCAAGGCAAAUUCCUCAAACAGCCAAGGAAAAGGGCCCACCCCUGCCUGGGAAUAGAGUAUAUUACGGGCACCCAUCCACUGCCAGCAAGCCAUGGCCUACCUUGAUGCCUCUUUGUUCUUAAAAUUGUGUCUUGGUGACAAAGAAAGCUGUGGGCAAGAACAUCUGUGGCUUUCAAGAUUAAUCAAGAUUACGAUUUCAAGAUUACGAGUUUUAUUCUUCAGGAUCUUAGCUGCUGAACAAUUCUGGGUUUGAGGAUAGAAGAGAAUUGCCUCAUGGUGGGCCCUUCCUAGGGGCAGUAGCUAGGGUCCUUCCAGAUCUGGGUGGAAUAUUAGGAGAUAUCUUGAGCUUUAGAUUCUCAGUAGUGAAUUGAGACUCAGAGGUGACAACUUUCAUGCAUAGAGAUCUCUGUUAGGCUCUGACUUAAAUUAAAAUCCGGAAUGGCGCCUAUGCUGAAAUGAUGCUUUUCAUUUGGGAGUUGAUUUUUGGUUUCCCUGUAAUUUUUAACUGGAGCAUUUGAAUAUGGAUAAAAACCUUACAGUUUACACUAAAAUGCACUUGACAUUUUUGGUGCUUAUUGGAUUUCCUUUUUGGAUACCUGGUAAUCACUUCCAUAGAUUAACUAUGAAAUACACUCCAUCACAUCCCUUAAGCUUCAUGUUUAAUCAUUCAACAUUCCAUCGCCAAACACUGUUUUCUUCUUAUAUAAUUCUAUUUCCAAAACUGGUAAUAAUGUUAGAAGUACUGCUAGUGCCUGGCUCAGUGCCUGGCACAUAGGAGGCACAAUUAAAUUUAAUAUGAGUAGAGCAUGCUACAUACAAUUUUGAUGCUAAGUAGGAGGAAUUGUAUUGUCACACACAAACAUAUUUUGAUAAAUGGAUGUUUCUUUACAUGGAGGUGCACAAAAUUUCAGGAGUUUUUUGGGGGGAGGGGUCAGUGACAACCUCAAGAAUUGAAGCUGCCAUUCCAUUUUAUAUAGGCCAAGAUAGAAGUUAUUAAUGAAAAGUUAAUUAUGGAUUUGGUGCUGGAAUAUUCUGCUCCAUUGCAAAGUAAUUGAGCACCUCCUCCUCUCGGCUUUAUUUUAUCUUUCUUGGGGCUAAUGUGGGGGUAAUCUUACAGAUAUUAUAAGAACUUCUUUUCUUUCUCAGCCUUUAUGAAAACAAUGCAUAGUAAAAUAUAUCUAGAAAAGCUUUCUGUUUGAGGCUCUUCUUUUAAUGGGCUUUUAAUUCUAAUGAUAAUUGUACCCUUAUCUUUCAAAAGCUGAUAUUUCCUACCCAAAGCAUCUUCCCCAGAAAUAUCUCAUUAAAAAGCUCACAGGAAGAAUAGAGAAGAAGAAAGCCUUAGGUAUCAAUUCCAAAACAGUGAUUGAAAUCUCCACAAGUAAUUAUAGCUUAUAUCACCUGCAGAGAUAGUCUGGCUUGGCUUACCCCAUAAUCUAAUUUUAGAAAAGAAAUAGCUUUAUUUUAACACUCAUCUACAGCAACACUGAAGCUUUUCUCUCGAAGGGUUUAUUGAGAAACUGAAAUGAAUAUACUUUUUGAUAUAAUGUUAUCAAAAGUGUACAGCUUCCUGUUCUCCUUGUGUUAAACCGAAUCUCCCCUUCAGAGUGCUUUCUUUUCUUUCCUUGUGUAGUUUCACUUAAGCCUCGAUGAUUGUAAACAGCAUCUCAGACCUUACAAUCAAAUGACAAAGAAGGCAAUUGCACUUUUUAAGAGAUAAUGACAAGUGGUUUCUGUUUUCUAAAGGACCAAAAAAAGAGGAUGUCUUGUUUCUAAUUAGGCUCUUUUCCCUGCUGAGUUGGAAAUUUCAGUGUAAUACUGGUUGACCACAACUGCCAAAUCUAAAAGCUCAAAGAAGUAGAGCUUUAUGCUAAUUUUAUUGCAAUAUGAAUUUUUAUCUUGAUGCGCUCUUUUUUAGAUAAUUCCAUUAGAAAACUGUAACUUCUAUGUCUUACAGCUACACAUAGGAAAGUAUAGAAGAAAGAAAACUAUUAUUCUUUAUCACCUACUAAGUACCUGAAAACUUUUAUUGGAAAAUAUUUCUAUGUUCGAAUCUGUAUUUUUACCUUAGCACGUUUAUGGAAAAAUAUUAAAUUGCCUGAUAUUUUAUAAUUUUGUAGAAAAAUACACAUCUAUUUUUUCUCGAUUUGUUUUUAUAUAGUAAUAAAAGUUAUUUUGGAAGCUA